AUGCUAAAUCUUUUAGGAAUCAAGUGCUCAAGAGGGACCAAACUAAUUUUUAACUUUAUCUUAGUAACAGCGCUUUGGUGGUAUUGCAUGAAUCUCGAAAUAGGAAGCAAUUUUCAUUUCACAGUCUCUGCUUUUCCAUAUUGGUGCUUAAUCGCAUUUGGCUGUAAAGCCUUGAUAAGCAUCGGGUAUGAUUUAUUUGCCUUAAGAGACUGCCCAGAAGAAGCAGCAAGUCUCCAUAAAGAAUUAGAAGAUGCAAGGAUUUUUUUAAGUAAGAAAGGAUUAAAAUUAUAA